GCAAAGGACGAACAUUGCCUCCGACGGACACUAUACAGCCGUUGCUCAGUUGGCUCUAGGGCGCUGAUUCAAUACAUCAGUGUGCGUCGCUGAUUUCGUGUGCAGAUUGCGAAGGCGCAGGGACCAUCGAGGUGCAAAGCUCUAUUGCGGCUUGUGAGAUCCUCUAUAUCACCUUAUGUCGACAUUGCAGACGGUGUUGCGCUGCCAGAGCGCAAGGUGUCGCGCAGAUGGUUGGACUGACAAGAAUAUAACGGAAACGGCCGAGAUGCCGCUCCUGCCAAGAUGGGAAAAGAUGGGGCUAUUACCCGGCGAUUGCCGCAUACUACAGCGUCCUUCCUUCACUACACAUUGUUGACGUUUUCUUUAGCUUCGAUCACUAAAUUCUGUACAACAAACUCCAGACAAUAUACAGAGGUGUUGCACCUGCCCAUUGUUAAAGAGCUACUGCCUGGCGAAGCGUGGGGCGACAUGGCUGACUGCGGCUUCUUACCUCUUCCCAUAGUCUGCAUCCAGUGCGGAACUGACCAGAACCCUUGCCACAUCAAGGUGGUCGGGCCUACUGCAGGCUUCAUUGUCGCUGUCUGCUUGGCUGUUGUAUGUUGGCCUGCCGCAAUCUUCUGUGGUUGCUGUGCGACGGAGACGGGGAAGAAGUAAGCCUUCCAACCUAGAUGCGAUCAAGUCUACCUAACCCCCAUUGUUUAGGGUGCUCGGAGCUCCUGUCGACAUAUCGAAUUCGGUCAACAAUGCGAUACCCUUCUGAUUCUGCUGGA